AUGGUAGUGUGCCUGCCAGGAUCUGCAAAUGUGAGAGAAUUUUGGAAUGGGGCCUCUAGACAGCUGUUUGACUCAGUGCUCAUAGAGGAUGUGGCCAUAGUCUUCAGCCAGGAAGAGUGGGCUUUGCUGGAUUUUGCUCAGAGGAAACUCUACAGAGAUGUGAUGAUGGAAAUCUUCAGAAACUUGGCAUCAGUAGUCUCUGGAAAUCUUAAUGAUGGAGAAAAGUUACGCUAUGAACAUAUAAUGGUGCGAUUCGUGAAGAAUAAAAUGUGGUCCUCCAUGUUAAGAGAAAUCCCUGAAUCUUAUGGCAAUGAAGAUCACCAUAAAAACCAGAAGAGACAUUUGAGAAGUCAUACAUUAGAGAACCUCUGUACAAGCAAUGAAGGCAAUCAAUAUGGGAAAAACUUCAGCCACAUUUCAGAUCUUACUGUGCUGAAAAGAAAUCCUUCAGAAGUAUGUCCCUUUCAAUGCUGUGUGUGUGGGAAAGCUUUCAUGGAUGACUCAUUACAUAACCAUCACUCCACAUCUCAUACUGGAUGCAGUCCCUAUCAGUGUAAGAUAUGUGGAGAAACCUGCACUUGCCCCUGUGAUCUAACCACUCCUCUGAGAAGUCUUCAUGGAAAGAAACCUUAUAAAUGUAAGGACUGUGGGAAGGACUUCAUUUGUAUCUCAAAGUUUAAGAAUUCUGUGACAGCACUCACUGGUGAGAAAUGCUAUGAAUGUAAUAAAUGUGGGGAAGAUUACUGUAGUUUCUCAUCCUUUUGGAUGUAUAUGAGAAAUCAUAAACCUAAAUGUAAAGAAUGUUGUGAAACCUAUAGUCAUCCUUCAUCCCUUAUUUUAUGUAAAAAUAACAGAGAUAAACCUUAUGAAUGUAGCGAAUGUGGGAAAGCCUUUCGGUGUUCCUCACACCUCACUAAGCAUAUGAAAACUCACAGUGGAGAGAGGCCUUAUGAAUGUAAGGAGUGUGGUAAAGCCUUUAUGUGUUCUUCACACCUCCUUGAACAUAUAAGAACUCACAGUGGAGAGAAGCCUUAUGAAUGUAAGGAAUGUGGGAAAGCCUUUAGGUGUUCCUCACACCUCACUAAACAUAUAAAAACUCACAGUGGAGAGAAGCCUUAUGAAUGUCAGCAAUGUGGUAAAGCCUUUAUGUGUUCUUCACAACUCAUUGAACAUUUAAGAACUCACAGUGGAGAGAAGCCUUAUCAAUGUAGGGAAUGUGGGAAAACCUUUAGCCAGUCAUCAAACCUCACUACUCAUAUAAGAACUCACAGUGGAGAGAGGCCUUUUAAAUGUAAGGAAUGUGGGAAAGCCUUCAGGUGUUCCUCACAUCUCUCUAAACAUAUAAAAACUCACAGUGGAGAGAGGCCUUACCAGUGUAAGGAAUGUGGUAAAGCCUUUUGUGAGGCCUCCGCUCUCACUCAACAUAUAAGAAGUCACAGUGGAGAGAAGCCUUAUGAAUGUAAGGAAUGUGGGAAAGCUUUUAGUCAAUCAUCAAACCUUACUACACAUAUAAGAAGUCACAGUGGAGAGAGGCCUUAUAAAUGUAAGGAAUGUGGGAAAGCCUUUAGUCAACCAUCAAACCUCACUACACAUAUAAGAACUCACAGUGGAGAAAGGCCUUUUGAAUGUAAGGAAUGUGGGAAAGCCUUUAGGUGUUCCUCACAUCUCACUGAACAUAUUAGAACUCACAGUGGAGAGAAGCCUUAUGAAUGUAUGGGAUGUGGGAAAGCCUUUAGGUCUUUCUCAGCCCUCACUGCACACAUUAGAACUCACACUGGAGAGAGGCCCUAUGAAUGUAAGCAAUGUGGAAAAGCCUUUAGUCGGGCCUCAUCUCUCACUAAACAUAUGAAAACUCACAGUGGAGUUAAACCUUAUGACUGUAAUCAAUGUGGGAAGGCCUUUAGUUAUUUUUCAGCCCUCACUACACAUAUGCGAACUCAUGGAGAGAGACCAUAUGUACGUAAAGAAUGUGGGAAAGCAUUUAGUCAGUCAUCAGACUUCACUAUUCAUGUAAGAACUUACAGUGCAGAGACUUUAUGA